AUGGCAUCCUCAUCCACCCCCGAAGAGACGAGCUACGUCAAGAUGGACGAAUCCAAAGACGGCUUCGACGAGACCCUCGUCGGCAAACACUGCGAAUACGAAUACUGUAACCAGCUCGACUUCCUCCCCUUCUUCUGCCAAAGCUGCAAACACACAUUUUGCCUCGACCACCGGUCCGAAACUACACACAAGUGCGCCAACGCCGGCGCCUGGGCCGAACGCCGGCGAAAGGCGGAGCUUGCGAAACCCUCCUACGGCCAAGGCCGCCAACUGCGCGAUACCGUCACCCAGAAGCCCUGCGCAUCACCGACCUGCAAGACCACCAUCGGCACCUCGCUAGUGACUGGCGUCCACUGCCCGGGCUGCAAUCGCGACUACUGCCUCAAGCACCGCCUGAAGGAGGACCACGACUGCAAGAACCUCGUUCCGCUAGGCGCGCGGCCGGGGUCGCAGAUCGACGUUGCGGCGAGGACGAAGAGCGCAUUCGACAAGUUAAAGGCUUGGGGAUCUGCAAAGAAGGAACAAGCUGGCAGGGCCCUCCCGAAACCGAAACCCACAUCCGCAUCUGCGCGCCUGAUCGCUGUGAACAAUCUUAAGAAGACGGCAAAGGGCGACGAUAAGCUCGCGCAAGAGAAGAGAGUCUACCUAUACGUCGAAGCAGAAGUCGCAACCGCAAAAGCAAAGUUCCCCAAGGGAGAGUUUUUCUUCUCCAAGGACUGGGUGGUGGGUAGGGUGCUGGACGAAGCCGCGAAACGGUUACAGGUGGAGAACCUCAACAACCGAUCAUCGAAUGAGCAAGACAAACUACGGGUGUUUCACGUGGAGGGAGGACGGCUUCUAGAGUUUAACGAAAAGGUUGGAGCUUCGCUUGUCAGCGGCAACACUGUAGUACUGCUCCGCGGUGUUGGGCCGCCGCCUGAUCUCAUGGAGGUUUAG